AUUUCAUACUUUAUUAGGGCUCAUAUAGUUUGAGGGUAUGAUCAUAAAUAAUUAGGCGCACUUUGGCAGAUAAUUUUAUUUGUUAAUCAAGUUUGACAGUGAUUACUUUGUGUUUGUGUACUUUAAUAUCAUCCUCGCUGUUGGAUGUUUAUCUGAGGUGUGAUUUGCUUUCAAUUUGAAGUUGUGAGUGAUCUCUCUACGAGGGACGAUCCUGGCGCCGCUUCGUCAAAGAAUGGGCGGCAAUGUAGUUGAUGUGUUCCCGUAGUUAUUCAAAAUGGAUCUUUGUCAUCUAUUUCAACGUAAACUUGUUUUAUGUGUGUUUGUUCUAGUCAUUUAUUUAUUCUUGGAAGUGCAGUAUGUGCGGGCAGAUUGUGGCAUAGAUUCUUUAGAAGCGCACGAGAACCGCGCUUCCAUUGCGGUGUCGGCGCACGUGGAAAAGGUUCUUCCUGCCGUGUCAAGCUCGGAAGGAUAUACCGCUGAUAUAAGGAUAAUCCGGGUAUUUAAAGGAAACACUAUUAUUCUAAAAGGAUUUAAUCCAAUUCGACAUGACACUGGCUCAAAUCCGAGGAGAGAAAACAGCAAGCGCGUGCUAACGGUGCGGGGCUUCGGGCUGGGAGCGACCGCGUGCAACAGUGACGUCAAGAAGGGCGACACUCGGAUAUUCUUUCUGGAGUAUAACUCCGCCACGGACACGUUCUCUCUGCAUCCCCCGGUUGUAGCGCUUUCCCUCUAUUUCUUGCGGAGGGUGGAUGCUGCUGUGCAAGAUAUUCCCUUUGACGUUCCAGAGCCCCAACAACCGCCGUGCCAUGCGUUUUUCUGUGCCUUCCACGCAACCUGCCUCGUAAAUGAGACCUCAAACACACCGUAUUGCGCAUGCGUUAACACAUGUGACGAUGAUCUCGUGUUUCCGGUCUGCGGGACGGACGGCCACACAUACGUCAGUGAAUGUUUUCUAAAGUUCGGGAGCUGUACAAAACAACGUCGAGUGAACGUCGAGUAUGAGGGUCCUUGCGAAAAUCCAUGUGAGGGCUUCUACUGCCCGGGCCAGCAAGUGUGCAAGCAGGACUCGGACCGGAAACCAGUGUGUACGUGUGAGACUACGUGCCCGGAAGAUGUGUCGCACGUGUGCGGGAGUGACGGACAGACGUACAGUAACGAGUGUAUGGUCCGGAAACAGGCUUGCUCGCUGGGCCGGGACAUCGUCGUCAUCUAUCAGGGGAAGUGCAAAGACCGUGACGAGCACGUGUUCCACACGGGAGGCCCUGUGACCCAUCCGUGUCUUAAUAAACAAUGCGGCCCAAACCAUGAUUGCCUGGUGGACAGGACAGGCCAGGCCCAAUGCGUGUGUCCGUCUGUGUGCCAGCCCACCAUCCAGAAACCAGUAUGUGGCUCUGAUGACGUCACGUACGAGAGCACGUGCCACCUGCGUCUCGAGGCCUGCCAGGCUGGCGUCAACACGAGCCUCAAGCACAGCGGGAGAUGCUCCGAUAACCAGGGCCCGUGCCGCGGAGUUAGCUGCUCAUUUGACGGGGAGUGUAUUGUGCGGGAGGGCCAAACAUCCUGUGAGUGCCCUGUCUGCACCAUGAAGCCUUAUGAUCCGGUAUGCGGUACGGACGGGAUCUCGUACGAGAACGAGUGUUACCUGCGCCUCGAGAACUGCAAGGAGCAGAAGGCCGCCACCACAGAACACAUGGGCCUCUGUAUGUCCUCUGGUUGUGACAAAGAUCGGUCCGCGUGUAAGCACUAUUCGAUCUGUGACAGAAGUGAACCCAUCCCGAGAUGUGUCUGCCCCACAGGCUGUGCUUCAACAACUGCCCGGGUGUGUGGGACGGACGGUGUGACAUACAACUCCGAGUGUGAGAUGAGGGUCGCCUCCUGUAAGAGCCAGAAAAGCAUCAUUAUAGCCUCCUUCGGCGACUGUGAGGACUGUAAUGGCAUUCAGUGUAAGUACGGGUCUGACUGCGUGUCGGGAAAGUGCGUGUGCCCUCAGAUCUGCCCCACCCGCUAUGAACCUGUAUGCGGCACGGACGGACAGACAUACAGGAGCGAAUGUCACCUCCGCAAGGAGGCGUGUCGCCACGGAACCGACAUAGACAUCAGGCGGAGCGGCGAGUGUGUGGACGUACUGGAGUCAGGAUCCGGGGAAGGUUCAGGCGAGCCUGAGUGUGACGUCACCACGUGCUUCUAUGGCGGUACUUGUCAGCUCAACAUGGACGGCGUGUACGAGUGUAUGUGCUCCUUCAGCUGUGAGGCCAUCAGGUCACCUGUGUGCGGGACGGACGGACAGACGUACGGAAACCAGUGUGAGCUGCAGGCCGCUGCGUGUCGCCUCCAGAUCGAGAUUCAGGUCAGCUCUACGGACAGCUGUGACGACAUGGCGGAGGUAUUGUGUGACGGCCUGCCACCUCUCAUCGACACCAUGACCGCGGACCCCUUCACGUGCGCGGCGGCCCCUGAUUGCCCACCUGGAAGUUACUGCCACAAGCAGUUUGGCCGCUGCUGCAGCGAGGCCGUCCUAGAUUCUGACCUCUACAUCCGGGACUGCACCGAGAGCGUGUUUGGUUGCUGUGACGACAUGGUUACUAUGGCACCAGGACCAAACAAGGCUGGAUGUCCAGAACAAAUGUACAUGUAUGCAAUGCCAGACCAGUGUCAAUGCAAACCGAUUGGCUCGCUGAGCAGCACGUGCGACCCGAGCACGCGGCAGUGUACGUGCAAGCCCGGGGUGGUGGGGCUGCGAUGUGACCGCUGUGAUAACGGCUACUGGGGGUUGCAGCUAAUACGGGAGGAGAACAACUCGGGAUGCAUGCCUUGUAACUGCCACGAGCUUGGUUCCCGUCGAAAGGACUGUAACCAGAACACGGGGCGGUGCACGUGCAAGGACAGUUAUGACGGACACAAGUGUGGCCGGUGUCGGGAUACAAACCUACCCGCGGGAGACCUCGGCUGUGACGGCGACUCAUUGACGCUUGGCCCGACGGACGGUCCGUACACGACGUUAAGCCGUAAGACGCCACGUCACAUCCUGCCCGGGCAGCAGCGGUCCAGCAUGACGCCGAGACGUUCCGUUAUCACCGUCAAACCGCCAAAACCUGACUUCUCGAAGGGAGAGGGCCGCAUAGACGACCGGUGUCUGACUGGAAACACAUGCUAUAUCCCGAACUCCCACUGCCACCUGGACAUCUGCAAGUGUAACCAGGGAUUCAUACCCACAUAUGAAAAUACCGUCUGCUCCAAGGUAAAACAAAGCGCUAACCGCACACAGCCGUCGGAGGAGGCUGACACGUGCACGUUAAACCCGUGCCGGCACGGUGGACAAUGUCGCCUGGAUGAUGAGCUUGGGUACAGGUGUCUGUGUGGCCUCGGGAGGACAGGCGUCAUCUGUAGACAUAAAACGUCAUUCACGAUCCCGUCAUUCUCCGGCGCCUCUUACCUCACUCUGGCUUCUCUCGGCAACAUUUCCGGUAAUUUCUACAUUGACAUUGCCUUCCGGUCAUUCAACGCAGACGGCACACUCCUGUACGCCUCCCAGCACGAGGACGGCACGGGACAGUUCGUCUCCUUGGCCAUCAGCCACAGCAUGCUCGAGUUCAGGUACGACACAGGAAACGGACCAAAAGAAAUCAUUCAUCCACAGCGGAUAUCGAGAAACACUGUACAUCAGGUGAUAGCGAAGAAGAUGGGCCAGAGCGCGAUGUUGAUCGUCGACAACAAGGAGCCGGUCGCCCAGGUUACCAUCACACCAAGCAACCGUAUCGACCUCUCCGGGAGACUCUUCCUCGGCAACCUGCCGCAAAACUUCAGCUUCGUACAAGAGCGAGUGGGCGUUAACCUGGGUUUUGUUGGCUGUGUCCAUUCCCUGACGGCCGGCCAGACUGACAUGGCCCGCAUGUAUAACCUGCACUACCCACACCCCGCCUCCCAUAUACUUGGCGGGCUAGACGUUGUUCCGUGCGACCAGAACUCGUGCCAGGAGCUUCCGUGCGAGAAUGGUGGCACGUGCAUCAUGGUGGCUACAGACCUGUACAAGUGUAUCUGCCAAAAGGAGUUCACGGGUUCUAACUGCGAGGCGUCUCUGACGGCGUGUGCCAAUAGUCAGUGCCACUCGAGUGCAACGUGCAUUGUGGGUGGGACAGGAGAGGCCACCUGCCACUGUCCAGAGACACGGGAGGGGCAGUUCUGUGAAUACGAGAAGGUUCCGGAGAUUGAGGUGCCGGAGUUUCACGGCGACUCAUACCUCGUACUUCCGGUAUCAGACAACAUCUCGGAGCAGACCAAUAUUGAGAUAUGGCUCCUCACCAGAGACGAUAAUGGUAUGCUUGUGUAUGCGAGCCAGUACCUCGGAGGGGGUGGGGACUUUAUCGCCCUCAAUAUCGUGGAUCUCACCGUGGAACUCAGAUAUGACCUUGGAGACGGACCCGUCACUCUAAAAAGCGCAGGCAAGCUGGUGGCGGGCCGAUGGCAUCGGGUCACAGUAAAGAGGUUCCGGAAAUCGGCGGAACUCGCCAUAGAUGACGGACCGUCCGUCCGCGGGGAGUCACAGGGCACAUUAACGGGUCUCCAGCUACCAGGCAGCAUUCUCGUCGGCGGCUUCAAGGACACGUUCGACGUGAACCCCGCCACCGGGAUCUCUAAGAAAUUCCAGGGAGUCAUACAGAGGAUAUACUUGAACAAUCGGCUACUGGACGACGUGGUGUCCUCCUCACUGGAACAGUACCACGUGACCCAAUACACUGGCGCCCCCUGUAACCUCAACCCCUGUAUGAACGGUGGGGUGUGCAUUCCCAAACUAGACACCGCGGAAUGUAGGUGUCCGCAGCGCUACAUCGGCCAGUUAUGUGAAAAAGUUGCUGAGAACCUGGAGACGAAUCUUCCGGUGCGCUUCGAUGGGUCUACCGAUCUGCAAUAUCUCAAUGAAAUAACAUCCGGCCAAGAAGCUCAAAAGACGAACAAGUUCCAGUUUAAGUUCCGCACUCACCAGACAAGCGGAAUGUUGCUGUUUCAAGGCCAGGGAACGACAUUGACCUCGGACUUUCUGGUAGUGGCGGUGAGCGCCGGUUACGUGGAACUGAGCUACAAUCUCGGAAAGCAGGGGCCGGACAACCCGGCACGGGUGCGCUCCGGGGUUUAUGUCAGCGACGGGGAAUGGCACACUGUUUAUGUCAACAGGGACCACAGGGAGGGAGAGCUGCAGGUUGACAAGGAAACCAUAGUAACGGUGACGUCGGACGCUGGAGCCACGCAGCUCGACACGGAUGGCAUGUUAUGGCUAGGUGGGCGAGGUGACCUACCGGUUGGGAUGCCCGUUGACUAUACGCGUGGUUUCCAAGGAUGCCUGGGUUACCUGUUCAUCCAAGACAAGGAGCUUCACCUGUACCGCCACCGGAACUCCGUCACUAGCACCAUGGACUUCUGCCACUGACGUCAUACUUCUGCCACUGUCGUCACCGGGUAGCAACAGCUUGACGACACGUGAUUAUGGACCAGUGUGCUUUAAAACUUUAAAAGAGCCAUCAAUCCUUGUAUACAAAACUAGUUAUGCGUAUAAUUAUGAGGUUGUGACUCCGCUUAUAAAAUCACGUGAUACAGACUAGAAACAUGUAUCAACGAUUGUAUGAAUGCCAGUAAUAAGGCGACUAGGAUGUUUGACCAGGCGCCUAGUGAAGUUGACACGUGUGUAGCAGAGCGCGUAACAUAACUAAUCUGUAUAUUAACAAUUAUAUCAACGUUAUGGUGUGAAUGUGUUUUAUUAUACGUUAAUUUAGCAUCUAUUUUAAAGAAACGAGUGUGUCAGAGUGGCGCUUAUAAACGUGCCUGUGAUUCAUAAGCUAUACUCACAGCGCGGGGACUGGCGUCCUAUGAGUUAAAGCGUGUCAUUUUCCCAGUGAUUAUUGUUAUAUUGAACUUUAAAACUUAUCAUAACUAACCUGUUAUAUUAAUCUAUGUUGCCUGUUAAGGAAUCCAUGAAGUCCUGAUUAUGAAGCAACUGUUUAAAUGCCCAACAAAAACUUGCUAUUCAGCAGACGUUGAGUUAACGUAAACAUUUGAUAACGAUGUAAUGUUGUAGAAUUCUUUGUACAUAUCUUUAUAUAUACAUGUCUUGAGACAUUCUUUCGCAAUGUACAUUCUGUGUAAGGUUGUGAGUACAAAUCAUUGUACAUUUUCAUUAACGCUACUUUCAAUGUUUGGUACGAAACCAGCGUAGUUAUGUCUUUAUCUUCAUGUUAUAACAGUAGAUUUGCACAAGCACUCGAUGUGAAAACUUACAUGUGCUUGCAUCGGGAAUAACGGUAUAUUAUUACAAAUAGUUGCAGAUUACCCAAUUGAUUGUGUAAAGUAUUAACUGUUCAAAUCACCUUAUUAUUAAAAACGCAUUAAACCAAUACGUCACCAAGAAUCUGCAGGCCACCCACUGGUGUACACACUUAAAUGACGACGUAUACGAAAAACAGAGUUCUUAAAGAUAAAACUGAACAACAGGAUGAAACAGGAAAAAAAAUGAAUCUCCUGACCCUGUUGUCAAUGAAAAGAAUCCGUAUUUACAUUUGUCUGUAUUUACAUUGACUUUUGUCUGGUUUAUCAAAACUGAAUUGACAAAGCAUUUUGUUUUAAAUAAAUUGGAAAAUUGCAUUAUUUCUAUGUUGAAUUUGAAAAAAAAAAUAACCAUGUUUGUUCACCAAAAUUAAGAAAUUAUGCAAGAUAAGUCUGAAUAAUAAAUGCAUAUGCACACAUUUGAUGAAAAGCAGACGAUAUUUUGAAAUAUCGUCUCAAAAAUGCUUCAUUUGGUUGAAAGUUUUCACUAUGAAUAUAGCCCGAGAACUUGUUAUGUCUAUGUAUGUUUAUUUCCUUUGACAUUUAAGGGGUGCUCGUGAUUCAUCUAUGGUGGCACAACAAUAUCUACAUAUAAACUAUAUGUGUUACAUUUCAUUAAUUGUAUAUUUUAUUUGUUAUUAAUCCUUUAUAAAAUGUUUUGAAAUUAAAUACA